UCGAACCGGGAUACAUGUUUACAUGAGAAGAAUUGAAAUUUCAAACUGUAGCAUACCGAGUUAAACUAUUAAAAAUAUAUUUUAUAAAAAUUAUAUCGCACCAAAUUUUGAAAUAGAUGGAAGUUAAUUUAGAGACUUCCGAUUCGUCCCAACAAACAGUCCGAUUUAAAAUUGCAACAUUAAUCUAAUAUUUUUCUUUUUCGUAUUUUACGCGCAAAAAGAAGACAAAAAAAAAAAAAAAUUUAAAGCCCGUUACCAUCCAUUUUGAGGGUUGUAAAAGCAAGGAGAAAACUCUAUAUAUUUAGAGUCCUCCAAAGACACUUAUAAUUCUCACACACAAGAUUUUAUCUUUUAUUGUCUCUCUCACUCUCUCUUGUUGUGAAUUAUUUCCAUUGAUCUUUCAGGUUUGCAAGUUCAAUGAGGAACAAAUCUCAGCCGUCAAGAUUAUCACCAGAUGAGGCUUCUCCCCUUCCCCAGCAGCCUUGCAAAGCUCUUCCGAUAAGAGGUCAGUCAUCUAAAGUGAAGUCACGAGAUGGUGAAGCAACUGGUUCGCAAAUGAAGCCGUCGAAAACCAGAAAAGCCCCUUACAAAGCUCUUCUCAUUAGAGCUCGGUCACCACAUUCAAGUGACGAAUAUUCAUCGGAGAGUGAAUCUUCGUCCGAUGAAUUUUCCUAUGAAGCGGAUGGUGAAGCAUCCGAUUCAUCAUCAGCGGAUAGUGAUGCAACCGAUGUGAAGCCGAUGAAGAACAAAACUGCGAGAAAAGCUCCAAUAUCGCAAGAACCAGAAGCGGGGAUGGAAAUCGAAGAGCCAAACAAGAGGAGAAGGAUCUCAGAGAAGGACGAUGAUUCUGAAGAUACCAUGUCCUGGGAACCAGAAGUUAAGAAGACUCCUUGAAAGAAAAUUUCGACAGAAGAAGCAUAAAGUAAGGCCAAGGAGAAACCAUGACCAUAUUCUAAAAUUUUAGUUCUUAAUUAUCUUUUAUUUUCUGAAUUCUGAUUUUUCAUUUUGUGUUCUAUCAUAAACAUUAUCAACUUGCUGAGAAUUUUAAUCCAAUAUUUUCUUUUGAGCCUUCAUCGUCUUUGAUUCCAAGUGUUGUUAGUGUACCAAUGAGAUUUGGGAUUCUCUGUCUUUCUUUUCUAAAAAGUUUCAUCCUUAUACAAACGAUGCAUGUUGAGAA